UCUCUGUUUCUGAUUCGACCACUGAACCUCUAUCCAAAAACCUUCCAUAUAUUCUUUUUCUUCUUCAAAAACCUCUCAAUUUUCUCAGUCUCAGUCUCUCCACCCAAUUUCAGCACCAGACAUUGUUGAUGGACCAUUGUAUCUCCCCGCUCUCAACCCUAAAGCCCCGCAUAACGCCCCGUUUUGCUCCCAGGCCCGCCCUCCAGUCGGUGACCAGGCGGUUCAGGCCGUUGACCGUCGUCGUCGGAGCCGGGGCGAGUCACUGCGAGUUCAGCAGCCUCAACUCGCCACUCGACCCGAGGACCCGACCCGGAAAGGACCUCAGCACCGUUCUGCAAAACCACCCCCAGCUGUUUCACCUUGCGGUGGCUCAGGAGCUCAAGAAGUUGGCUGAUGAUCGAGAACUCGCCCUCUCUCGUAUGUCUCUGAGCGCUGCCUCUCACGAGGCCUGCCUUCAUAGGAGGAUUGCGCAACUGAAGGAGCAGGAGUGCCAGAUUGUUGUUGAAGAUGUAAUGUACCUGUUAAUCUUUUACAAGUUUUCUGAGAUCAAAGUUCAUUUGGUUCCUAAGCUCUCUAGAUGCAUCUACAAUGGGAGACUAGAGAUAUGGCCUUCAAAGGACUGGGAGCUAGAGUCCCUUUACAGCUUUGAGAUUUUGGAGAUGAUAAGGGAACAUGUCAGUACAGUCAUUGGCUUGAGAGUAAAUUCUAGUGUUACAGACAAUUGGGCAAUGACAAAGAUCACACGUCAAAUGCUUGGUCGAGUAUACGUGGCCUCCAUCUUAUACGGCUACUUUUUGAAAUCUGCCUCAUUAAGACAUUGUCUGGAUCGGAUUCUAGCUCUGGAAAGCCAAGACCUUCAUCUGAGUCAUAGAACCUCCCUUCACUAUCAGGAGAUGUGUCCUAAUGGAAUGAAAAAUCUCCUCUUUGGUCGCAUAGGCAACAUUCAAGCGAAUUAUAAAGGGUCAAGUAGGUUGGAAAAGACACAAGGAAAGUUGAGUUGUUAUGUGAUGGGGUUUGAUCCUGACACACUUCAGAGAUGCGCAAAACUGAGAUCUGAGGUGGCUGUGAAUUUAGUUAAAAAUCACUGUUGUGCUCUUUUUGGGGAUGAUGGGACCAUGAAUUCACCCGAGACCGAUGAAGUUAUCUCAACUUCAUAUUCAAGUGUGAAGAGGCUAGUUUUGGAGGCUGUUGCGUUUGGUUCUUUCCUUUGGGACACAGAAGAAUGCAUCGAGACAGUGUAUAAGCUUAAGGAGAACUAACUAGUGGGUAUGACAGUUUCUUUUGCCCAAUAUGGUUUGGGUGAAAUUUUCUUUGUAAAUAGCAAGGAUCGUACUCUGCGUUUUUGGCUCCGCAGCCAUGCAAGCCCCCAGUAAUUUUCCGUUGUAUAGUGUACAUCAUGAUUAUAAAUAAAAUAUAGUUUUGAUUCCUAGCCAA